AUGGCAAAAUCUCUCGACGCUCUCAUCAUCGGCGCCGGGUUUGGGGGGAUAUACCAACUCUACCGGCUACGGCAGCAAGGCCUCAAUGUCAAGGUCGUCGAAAUGGCUAGCGACGUAGGGGGGACGUGGUACCAUAACAGAUAUCCCGGAGCCAUGAGCGAUACCGAGAGCUUCAUAUACCGAUACUCGUGGGACAAAGAGGACCUUCUCACGUAUCCCUGGUCGCAUUACUACGUCAAACAACCAGAGGUUCUCAAGUAUCUCGAACACGUCGUGGAACGCCACGACCUUCGACGAGACAUGCAAUUCAACACCGAGCUCCUCUCGGCGGACUGGGACGAGGCGUCCCGCAAAUGGCGAGUCGAGCUCAGCACCGGCGAGACCGUCCACGUGCGGUAUCUCGUCACGGCGCUGGGGCUACUCUCCAAGGCCAACUACCCCGACAUCCCGGGUCUCGACACGUUCCAGGGGGUCAAGUGCCACACGGCGGCGUGGCCGCGGGACCUCGACCUGACGGGCAAGCGCGUGGGCGUCAUCGGGUGCGGCUCGACGGGCGUCCAGGUGAUCACGGACAUCGCGCCCAAGGUGUCGUCCUUGAUCUCCUUCCAGCGCCACCCCCAGUACACGGUGCCCAGUGGCGACCGGCCCGUCGAGCCGGGCUACCGCGAGGGCGUCAACGAGCGGUACGACGAGAUCUUCGAGCAGGUCAAGAACUCGAUCGUGGGGUUCGGGUUCGUCGAGUCGACGGUUCCGUUCGACUCGGUCACGUCGCCCGAGGAGCGCGAGGCCAUCUUCGAGCGGCUGUGGGAGCAAGGCAACGGCUUCAAGUUCAUGUUCGACGGCUUCUGCGACAUCGCCACCAACCGGGCCGCCAACGAGGCCGCGUGCGCCUUCAUCCGCAAGAAGAUCGGGCAGAUCGUCCGGGACCCGGAGAAGGCGCGCAAGCUGCAGCCCCACGACCACUACGCCCGCCGGCCCCUCUGCGACGGCGGCUACUUUGAGCGGUUCAACCUCGCGCACGUCGACGUGGUCCAGCUGCAGGAGACGCCCAUCACGCGCGUCACCCCCACGGGCAUCGAGACGACCGCGGGGUCCCACGACCUCGACGUCAUCGUCUUCGCCACCGGCUUCGACGCCAUCGAGGGCAACUACAACCGCAUCCGCAUCCGGGGCCGCGGCGGCCUCACCCUCAAGGACUACUGGACCCCCAACGGCCCCACGGCCUACCUGGGCGUGUCGGUGCCCAACUUCCCCAACCUGCUCAUGAUCACGGGCCCCCAGGGCCCGUUCACGAACCUGCCCCCGGCCAUCGAGGCCCACGUCGACAUGAUCUCGGGUCUGAUCGCCCGGGCGGAGGAGUCCCGCGCCCACACCGGCGAGGACCCCGUCGUCGAGUCCCUCCCCGAGGCGGAGCAGGAGUGGCUGAAUGAGUGCGAGCGCAUGGCCGAGGGGAGCUUGUUCAAGGAGACGGCGUCGUGGAUCUUUGGCCAGAACGUGCCCGGGAAAAAGUACGCUCUGAGGUUCUACUUUGGCGGCCUCAAGUCGUUCUACGAGGCGGUUCAGAAGGUCAUCGAUAACGACUAUGCCGGGUUCAAGCCGAUGGCCGUCUCGGCUGACACCUCCAAACAACAGGAUGCCAGUGCCGGUGGUGGGGAAAUUACAGGUCAAGAAGAGAUCAGGGCGCACAUGUAG